AUGGACGAAGAUGACAACAAUAAUGUUACAAACUCCUACCAGGACGACCCCCAACCCUUUUCCUCCGGACUGUCAACGACUCUUGCUCCCUCUGAGGGUGGAACGAGUCGGUCCCGCGGAGCGACUCCCUCGCCAUUGUCAUCCCGUGGAGCGUCACCACUUCCAAUGAAGCACCCGUCACGCGCGACCGAAUUGACCAACCGUGGUACUCGAAAUGGGCCAACAUCAUUUCCUUGGAGUGGAUCAUCAAAGGCUUCAUCGGGAGGCGCUGUAGAAUUUCUGGACUCCUCAUGGUCCUCUCUUCAAAGCUUGGCAUCUUCAGUACUGGGCAGUGAUGCUGGAAGAGUCAGUCCAAAUAAUGUGCCAAAAACACACACGCGAAGGAAACCAUCUCGGUCGGACGUAUAUAUCAAGAGUACCCCUAGGUCUACGUGGGGUCCAUCAGCGCCGACCGCUCCGCAAUACGGAACUGGGACAAAGGAGGAGCGACAGGCUUUGGUGCAGGCCAAAAAGAGAGAAGCGCUGCUCCUCGCUGAUAGUGAUCCAAUCGCAAGCCGCACGCUCCCUCACAAAAGACGCGAUUCUGGCGACAUUUCAUACCAAACGGUUGAGUCGGAGCAAGAUGAAGACGCUCUAGCCUAUAUCCACAAAGUGCAACCCACGGACACUAUCACCGGCGUGACAAUCAAAUAUGGCUGCCAGGCUGCAGUGUUCCGGAAGGCGAAUGGUUUCUGGCCCAACGACAACAUUCAGAGCAGAAACACUGUUCUCCUACCAGUCGAUGCGUGCUCUGUGAAAGGCCGGCCUAUUCCCAAAGAGCCUGUGGAUCUUUUGAGCAACAAUGACGAAGAUCCCAGUGACAGCUCGAUCGCCCCCGCCGCUGCCUCUGCCGAUGAUACCUCCAUUGAACAGGAUACGUCUAUAACCCCGUCUGGGGCGGAUAGCAAUCAUGCUUGGAAGCAUGAAUCGUGGGUGCACAUGGAUGGGUUUCCCAGACCAGUGCAAAUUGGCCGUGUUCCUCGAAGAGCAUUGGGAUUCUUUCCGCGUACGCGUCGAAAAUCUAUAUCUUAUUCAGAUGCAGAACCUCCUGAUUCUUACAGAGAAACAAUCACUCCUCCGUCUCCUACUGGAUCACCCCCUCCACCUUUAUCCUUUGGCAUACUGCCACGGACUCGACCGAACGGCGACCAGCCCAAGCCCAAAAUGACACACCCUGCUCGUCCUCGACAUCGCCGCCAGCGUAGUAGCAUCCAGCUGUCUGGCACUGGGGUGGGAACCCUUGACCCCACCUCGACUGGCCCGGGGCCUGCAUUAGAUGGGUUCACCCGAUUCUUCGCGCAGCACAUGCCGAAUCUCACCCCGGCACUACCCCCAGAUAAUGCCACGGAAGCUUCCUUUGACUCCACAUCCACUGCCACAUCCAAUGCAUCUACUAGCCUCGAGAACAUUGGCGGGGUAUUUGAGGGGUGGGUUCGAAAGGUAGCAACGCGCGCUAAGGCCGGCAUCAAUGAACUGCAGCAAGGGCCACCCAUCCAGCAGGGUAGCAGCAGGGGUCGCAAUAUGUGGCGGAUGGACGACCUAAUCGAGCUUGAUGAUGGGAUGGUGGAUGGCCGGAACUCCCCUAGCCCACUCAAGGGUUCAUCACGGAGGUCCGAGCUACAGGGCACCUCAUCCUCAUCCUCAUCUAACCAAUACAACAGCCCUUCGGUGGUGGCAGCGAGCAGGUCUCGUGCAAUUGGAUUUGGUGCGAGCUCCGGUUCAUCGGCCUAUGGCGAUCGGGUCAAGGAUGAUUAA